AUGUUUUUGACGCGCUCGGAAUAUGGUGCUUUGGCUUUCCCUUGUCAUGACUAUAUCUCACCGAGUGCUACAAGAUCGCGGUGUCAACACUUUCUCACCGGAGGGCCGGCUAUUCCAAGUUCAGUCGAGUACGCUAUGGAGGCUAUCAAGCUUGGCUCAACGACAGUCGGUAUCCGGACUCCAACUGGUGUCGUGAUUGCAGUCGAAAAGCGUGUGCACUCCCCCCUCCUUGAAUCCAGUUCCAUCGAAAAGAUCAUGGAGAUUGACUCUCAUCUGGGAUGUGCCAUGUCGGGUCUGACUGCAGACGCGCGUACCAUGAUCGACCAUGCACGAGUGACAGCCCAGAACCACUCUUUUACUUACGACGAGAAGAUCAAAGUUGAAAGUGUCGCACAGGCGGUAUGCGACCUGGCGUUGCGAUUCGGUGAAAGUGUACAUGACGAAGAAGCCAUGAUGAGUCGACCUUUCGGUGUUGCGUUGCUUAUUGCUGGUGUCGACGAACUUGGUCCUCAAUUAUAUCACACGGAUCCUUCUGGGACCAGUACACGAUUCGACGCGAAAGCAAUCGGAUCUGGUUCAGAAGCGGCGCAGAGUGAACUGCAGGACAAGUGGCACAAGCAAAUGACCUUGCAAGAAGCCCAGAUAUUAACGCUCCGAGUGCUAAAACAAGUAAUGGAGGAGAAGUUGGACCAACACAAUGUCCAGGUCGCUCAGGUUACACCGGAGAAGGGUUUCGAAAUUCUGGACGAAACCACUUUGAAGAACGUUAUCGAGCUGAUGUAA